UGGCUGGGAAGGGGGCGGUACACUGGGAAGAUGGCGGCGGCCGAGGUUGUGCGGAGUAUCGGGAGCGGCCUGGGCCGGAGCCUCAGGGAGCUUCGGAUCCACCUGUGUCAGCGCUCGCCGGGCAGCCAGGGCACCAGAGACUUCAUUGAACAGCACUACGUGACUCUGAAGAAGGCAAACCCGGACUUUCCCAUCCUGAUUCGAGAGUGCUCUGGUGUGCUGCCUAAGCUCUGGGCUCGAUACGAGUUCGGCAGAGAGAGUUGCGUGCCACUGAACAAUCUCAAUGUGGAUCAAGUGGCCAAGGCCCUGGAGAAUGUUGUUCACAGCAAAACAUGAAGACAAAGAACUGAACCUGCAUAUGCUGAAGCCCUUACCUGAAUGGGUUUACUGGAGAAGCUGUAUAUCUGUAAUUGUAACUUAUUAAUCGCAUAUAAAAGCAUGUCGGACAAAGUG